AACUUCACCAAGUAAACGCCAACAUCGGCGAAAGUAGCUCACACGGAGCAAGCCUGUCGAAAUGGCGCACAUAAGGCAUAGGGCCCUGCCUUUGCUCAACCAUGCCGCCGCCCCUCGUAUAUCAUUGACGGCUUGCAUGCGCAACGCCGGCGGCGCCCGCACAUUCGCCAGCACCGCCGCGGCGGCCGGCGGGGGCAAGCGGUCGCCCAAAGACAGCCUCUCGCACCUGCGCAGGCGGCGGCUCCGGGACGGCGCGCCGGGCGAGGCCGCCAUCCCGAGCCGCAUCCUCGUCCAGGACGACGUCGGGGUCGUCCGGGGCCGCCUGUCCCAGGGCGGCGAGGUGCAGGGGCGGCUGGGGCUGCGGCUGCGGCGGCCCCUCCACGCCGGGGAUACCGAGAGGGGAUGGGAGAACAGAGCAGCAGCAGCAGCAGCAGCAGCAUCAGCAUCAACAGCAGCAGCAGCACCGGCGGGGGUCACGCCCGAGGCGGCGACCGCGAUCGGGGAGGCCGUGAUGGCGGUCAAGGAGGCGGCCAUGGCCAUCUCGCGCGCGUCGGGCGCCAUGCUGCACCUGACCAGGGCGCUGGAGCGGGCGGGGCGGCGCGAGGAGCACGAUGCGGGCAGGGAGCGGAACCUGCAGUCGAUGCGGGAGACGGCCGGCAUGGCCAAGUUGCUGGAGAGGACGGCGGGGCGGCCGGUGCCCCAAGUCGCCGUCGACCUGGCCGUGGAGAGCGAGGCCGCCGCCGAGUCGGAAGAGAUGGAAGCCAUGCCGGAGGAGACGGAAGACACGUGGGAAGAGACCGAAACCAUGCCGAACGAGAGCCAAGCCGCCACCCAGGAAAUGACCCCAAAGGCCAUAAGGAGGGCGGCGGCGGCGGCCAAGCGGGCGGCCAAGAAGGCGCGCAAGGAGGCGCGCAGGGCCGAGGCCAUGGAGGCGCAGAUGAGCAAGGUGCGCGAGCAGAAGGCGCAAGAAGCCGGGACCUCCCAGGCCGAAGACGGCGACGGCGACGGCGAGGGCCCAGGCGAGGAGGCGGCGCCGCGGCCGUUGACCAAGAGGGACAGGGCCAGGCUCCGGAACGAGGAUGCGGCGGCGAGGAGGGAGGCGGGCAGGGUGGCGGCAAAGCUGAACAAGGAGAAGCGACAGGCCUGGGCCGGGCUGCGGGCCGCCAGCAAGAUCUCUCGCAAGGCCGCCAAGGAGCAAAAAUUGGCCGACGCCGCGCAGGCAGAGCUCGGAUUGAGCGAUUAUUCAGAAGGCAGUGACAGUGAUAACAAGCCCUAGGUAGCCAGCAGCCCUCGAAAAUUUACCUCCACUCGUUAUCUUGCAGAAUGCAC